CAUAGAGAGAGAGAGAAAUUUGUAGGUAAGGGAGUAGGAGAGCGAUCAGAGGCUUAAAGGUAAAGCCUCAAAGCUAAUUAGCCAAAGGUACAGUAGUUGGUCACGUUAACAGCUGCCAUGGAUCUGUUCGAAGGUGUUGGAGUUGUCAUUUGUAGGGCCAAUACAUAGAGAUUUUUCCCUAAAAAACUGAACAAAAAGAUUUGAUUUUGAUGUUCAUUAUAAUGUUUCAAUCAGCUCCUAAUUUCAUCCAUACCAACUACUACUGUGUUGCAUCAAUGUCUCUUUUUCAUUUAAUGAAAUCCCAACCUCCCACAUCGUAUAUUCAUUCUCUUCCUUAAUUGAUACCAGUCAAUUCCAGUAUCAGAAAGAACUUUGUUCCUCCUCUUUCUCUGCUCUUUUCUUCGUAAACACCAAAAUUUACAAAAAGGGUGGGUAUGAUUCCAAAUAUCCCUCAGUGGCUUGAAAUCCUUCUUGGGGAGAAGUUUUUCAUGCCUUGUAUGGUUCAUAAGCAUAUCAAAAAGAACGAAAAGAACAUCUUUUGCUUGGAUUGUUGCACUAGCUUAUGUCCCCACUGCUUACCAACUCAUCGUCCUCACUCCCUCUUACAGAUAAGAAGGUAUGUUUAUCAUGAUGUUAUACAGUUGGAUGAUGCUCAGAAGUUGAUAGAUUGUUCUCUUGUUCAAACAUACACAACAAACAGUGCCAAAGUGGUAUUUUUGAACCAAAGGCCAAUAUCACGCCCCUUCAGAGCAUCUAGUAAUUUGUGCAUCAAAUGUGACCGUAGCCUCCAAAAUUCAUUCCUCUUUUGCUCUCUUUUCUGCAAGGUAUACCACCUCGUCACCAUGAAAAAUGGUACCCAUUUGGAAAAACUCAACUGUGAAUUUUUACGAUUACCCAACAGAACGAGAAGUCAUAGCUUCUCAAAGCUUGAAGAUAACCAAAACGUCCAUGACUCAGGCCUUGACUCGCCUGUUUCACUAUCUGGGUCGACGAGCAGUACAAUUGGGGGUGUGAGUUCUGAGAGUCUCAGAACAAUUCUUCCUUGCUCAGCCGCCACCAAAUUCGUGAAGAAGAAACGUAGCAGCCUCAAUUCUGUGCCACGUGAAUUUUUCCGGCAGAUAUGCUCGCCAGCUGAUGAUGUUGCCGUCGCUAUGAAUCGCCGGAAGGGUGUUCCUUACCGGUCGCCUCUGUACUGAGUUCGGUCAUCAGUAUUGUCGUUUUGUGUAAUGCACUAAGGUUAGAAGUUCAAAUUUGUCUAUUUUCUUGUAUGCCCAGUGAUGACCACAAUUUUGUAUAACCAUUGGACUCCACUAAUUAAGAUUUAACCAAAAACAAGAAAACAAAAAUUUAGAUUUUAUACGUCUGAAUA